AUGACAAACAUGUUUGUAAUGUUGUACUGUGUGACUUUUUUAUUUUAUUUUAGCGAUCUGCUCCAGUAUGGUAGGAUCUUCUUGUGGGAGAGCGGAAAUGUGGUCGAUGCAGGGAUUGCUGCUUUACUUUGCCUAGGAGUUGUUCAUCCACACACCGCUGGAUUAGGUGGAGUGUUUUCUGCAGUUUUGUACAAUCACACUACGAGAUCGUUUAAAGCAGUACGUGACACCUUUCAGAGCCUGCCUACAUACAGCGCUCCUUCAUUAUUGCAGGGCCUUCGGCUGCUACACUCCAGCUACGGGCAUUUAGAAUGGGCUCAACUUUUCGAAGGCGCUACAAAACUUGCUAAAGAAGGUUUCCUUAUCGAUGCACUUUUGUCCAGUGCAUUGGAAGCCCACAAGGACCAAAUACUCCAGUCAGGACUGUGCGAUCUGUUCUGCGAUACAGCUGGCCGUGUGAAAUCAGAGGGCGAGCGUGUCGCCAAUGGGAAUCUAUCAGAAGUUUUGCUGAGCGUCAGUCUAAAUGGCUCCCAUUUCCCAGAAAAGCUGGCCGUAAAAUUGGCUCAAGACAUUUCUGAAGCUGAGAGAACGGCUUUCCUUGCUGCCGCUCAGGCCAGCAGCGGAGAAAUCAAUGAGCCCCUUAUCAUGGCAAAGGAGAAAUACAGCAUUCUUUCGGUCCCCUCACAGCUCACAGGUGGAAUGAUAUCCAAUUUAUUAGAUAGAGUCCGAGAGCAAAACCUUGCUUUUCCAAGCCACGGAGAUCUCGCUAAUGCCUCUGCCUCUUAUAAUGCCCUCUUAAAUUUGGCGAAUGAAUUCUUCAACACAAGUCUCAAAGAGAUAUUCCCUCUAAAUACCACAAGCAGUCAUGUAGGAGCCCUUGAUAGUCACGGCAAUUUCAUAGUAAUCUCCACCUCGCUCAACAGCACAUGGGGAUCCAGGCGAUACUUGCCAAGCAGCGGAGUGAUCCUCAACGACUUUACCUCUGACAUCACUCAGAUGCCUUAUUUCAGUUUUCCUCUGGUGCUAAAGAUAAUCGAAGAUGAAAACGAAGAUGACGAGGUGCAGUUUGUUGCUUUAACUGGAGGUCUUUCAGCUCUGCUUAAUUCAGUGGUUAUUUUGAGGAACUUGGUUGACUUUGGCUUUUCUGCUCCUGAGACUAUGAGUCCUGCUUCUCUACCUAUCUGCAUGUCUUUCACAAACAGCUUGGUUGCCUACCACAUGCUUUCAGAGGGAGAUGGACCGAAUGCGGGUGAAUGUUCAGAUCUCUUUUUGUCUCUUCUGCUUCGCUUGAAUGCAAAACAUGUAGGAGCCUAUGGAGCCCCUGCUACUGCAGUCCACGCUGAUGGAUACUAAUGCAACAUAAAAAAAGACAGUAAUGACGUUUCAUGUUAAAAAUGAUACUUAUGCACUUUAAAAGCACUUCAUUCAUGGCUUAUGUUCAGAGUUAGGAAUGCCCUGUAUGUGAGUGUAAUUUUGUUUACUGGUGUUUUAAGAUUUUAAAUGUAACAUUCUGCUUUUUUACCCAAAGUAAUUUAUAUCCUAAAUGUUCCCUUAUUUCUAAGAAGCAGCUUCUUUGGCAUCCUGAGAUGUCUUUGUAUUGAUUUUUUGGUGUAAUCCUGUGAAUCUAUGCUGUGCACACAAAAGCAAACAGGUGAAUGGAUUUGUUGAACCUUAAUGAGUGAAGAACUGCUGCUGGUUUGAUAACCAACAGACACUUGCAGGUGUGUUUCGUGUCACAUGAUGUUUUUUGUACUUUUAUACGACCCUGCUCCUGAGGAAGAUUUAUUUUGUAUUCUCCAAAAGCAAAAAGUUACUGUGGUAUGUGUAAAAUGAGAGACUCCAGAGAAGCAGGACAAACACUUGAGAGGCUAUAAUGUAGAAUAACUGCAUAUGUAAAGUAUGGAGUCAAUCUAGUGCCAUAAAAAACUUGUAAAAUAAAAGAAAGCUUUGCAAACAAAAAAUA